AAUAUCUUUAUCAAACAUCUUACUACUACUAAUAAUAAUAACAAAAAAAGUACUGCAAUUGCAAAUACAAUUGUCUGUUUGUGUUACUUGCCCUAAAUUGUCAUCACAUUUUCGACACAAAUCUUGGAAUUUGUUUCCACAUAUGGAGACAUAUGGCUUGACCCUGUAGCCAUCAAGCCAAACCUUACCUGUCCAUGUUCUACAAUAUUUAAGGGUACACAAGAUACCCCCAUUAGUUCUCUUGCAUUGUGCCCAUGGCAUCUGUACAUGACCACUCGUUUCUCUGACAUGACAGACCAUCCGACUGCCCAGCUUAAAACGAUGAUCCUUCCCAUCUUAGAGUUGCCAUGUAAAAGUCAAGUAUUGCUAAUGCUAAAAACAUUUGCAUCUGUUCCCCAGAUUCCAUGAGCACCCCCUGCCCAGAGGACUGGUCUCUGUUUUCUGGCAAAUGCUACUACUUCUCCAAUGUGCCUGUAUCCUGGGAAGAGGCAAAACACGCGUGUGAGAAGAAGAAAUCAAACUUGAUUGUGAUCAACAGCAAAACGGAACAGGACUAUGCCGUGAAGAUCAGCUUGGGACAGUACACGUGGAUUGGACUCACUGAGAUUGACAAUGAAUGGAAAUGGGUGGACGGAACCCCCUAUAAUUCCAAACAAAUGUGAGGCCCAGAAGCUGAGUAUUCCUCUCGGUGGGAUGUGGCUAUUCCACAACUGUCUGUGUCUUUCCAAUGUAGAAAAAUAUUGUCUGACUCUUGUGAUGUUCUUGCUAUACAAAUGCGCAAAAAGAAACCCAAGAACAUGCUGGACCAUGAUAAACCCAAC